AAAAUUGAAGGAUGGAUCCAGAUGCAGUCAAGUCGACGCUCUCGAAUCUGGCGUUCGGAAACGUAUUGGCGGCAGCUGCUAGAGAUUAUAAAAAGGAAGUGCUAGCAAAUGAGAAGGCGCAAUCAUCAAAACAUGUCAAUGAGGAGGUUGAUCUUGAUGAGCUUAUGGAUGAUCCAGAGCUAGAAAAAUUGCACGCUGAUAGGAUUGCAGCACUCAAGAGAGAAGUUGAGAAGAGAGAAUUGUUCAAAAGACAAGGGCAUGGUGAAUUUCGAGAGGUAAGCGAGGGGGAUUUCUUGGGAGAAGUCACUAGGAGUGAGAAAGUGAUUUGUCAUUUCUACCAUAAGGAGUUUUACCGCUGCAAGAUUAUGGACAAGCAUCUGAAGACUCUUGCGCCUAGACAUGUCGACACUAAGUUCAUUAAAGUGGACGCAGAGAAUGCUCCUUUCUUUGUCACAAAACUAGCAAUAAAGACUUUGCCUUGCGUUUUGCUCUUCAGCAAGGGAAUCGCGGUAGAUAGGCUAGUUGGGUUCCAGGAUCUUGGCACAAAGGACGAUUUCACCACGACUAAACUAGAGAACGUUCUGAUUAAGAAAGGAAUGCUCAGCAAGAAGAAGAAAGAGGAAGAUGAUGAAGAUGCUGAAUACCAAGAGAGCAUUAGGCGUUCGGUUAGGUCUUCAGAGAAUCUGGACUCUGACUCCGACUGAUCAAGCAAGCUCUCAUCACUUGUCUCUGUUUUGCCUUUUACUCUUUUGUUAUAUGUUAUUAGAGAAUGAAACUUCGAUAUAAUAUCCAAACGGUUCAAUGUUACAUGACGUUUUAUGUUGCUAUAUAUAAUGCAUACAUAAACAUUAAACGGUUUGCUUGAAAACGUGCCAUCAUCAGGUCCUGCGUGUUGGAGUUUUCGUCCACACUCCUCCUCUAAAACCGACAUCUUCUAUAGGAAAAGUCUCUAGCUCCGGACACCAGUUUGCGUGCACUGUCCUAAGGUACGGCAUGGACCGUUGAAGCUCUUCCCAAUCUAUCUCUAGUUCCGACAAGGAAUGAAACAUCAAAGCUUCGAUUCUCCAGUGAGUGUUGCUCUCAGUUUCCCAGAAUCUCUGAUGCAUUUUGGCCAAAUUACCUGAGCAUAUUGACAUGUACCUCAACAUCGGAAGGCUUUUAGGACUCAACCACGAGGGACUCAACUUUCCAGGGUAGAACUCUAGAGAAAGCUCAUGGAGCUGGUGUGGAGGGGUGAGAGCAUCUAUUUUGGUUACAAGAUCAUCUCCAUAGCUGUCAUAGCAGUUGAUAGAGACUAACAUAAGCUUGGAUAAGUUUAUCAGAGAGUCAAGCUCAUCGUCUUGGAUUUGGUCGCCACGUGUCAGAGAAAGACCAAGUUUCCUGAGGUUUGUGAGGUUUCUGACUUCACUGAGCUUGCAUCCAUUGCUUGACAUGGACGGCUUAAACCCCAACAGCACUUCGAGGCUCCUGAGGCUUCCUAUUCCCUUGGGGAAGUACUCAAGUGAACCACAGUUUGUCAUGUCAAGCACAAGGAGUUUCUUGAACAUGACAAUGCAAGGCUGAAGCUGUUUCAGAUUCUGACAGUAGCUAGCGUCUAGAAUCUGCAGAUUCUGGAGAUCUUCCAUGGAACGUGGUAGCUGGAUCAAUGGAUGUGUGUUGCUCAUGCUAAGACACGCCAAGUGCUUAAGGCUCGCAAUCUCAUCCAAAAUAUCAGAGAGAGGAGCAUCAAAUAUGGACUUUGAGAUGUCGAGAACUCGCAGGUACUUGCAGUCAGUGAACUUCUUGGCUAGCUCUGAGUUAAGCUUGUUCACUUCACCUGUCUUGGUUGUUGACACAAGGCCUCUUAGUCUAUGGUUAACUCUGAUCUGCUUCUCCUCAAAGUUUCCACUAAUCCCAAGGUGACGACAGUUGAGGCCUUCAGGGUUAGAGAAGGAAUCAUUCUUUGCUAUAUCGAUGACCAGAUCACGAACCAUGUCAUGAAUCUUGCAAGUGAGGAUAGUUCCACUAUAUGUUUUGUCAACAACUUCAACCAGACAACGGUUAGUGAGUCCUGAAAAGCAGUCUUCUCCUGACUCAGUUGCAGAUCUUCCGUUUCUCAACAUGACAAACCCUUCUCCUAUCCAUCCAUGAACCAACUGCUGCUUCGGUAUAACACAGUCUUCUGGAUACAGUGAGAGCGUGAGAAAACAUGACUUGAGAUGUGAAGGGAGUUCAUCAUAGCUUAACUGCAGAGAAGACAUCACAUUGUCUGUUUCAGAAGCGUUUCCUUUUAGUUCAUCCUGAAAAUACUCUGAGAUUCGUUUCCACUCAUGAUAGACAUGUUCCUUACACAGAAGCAACCCACCAACGGCUUUGAUCGUUAAAGGCAAGCCUUUACACUUGGUCACAAUCUCCUUCCCAACAUCUUCCAGCUCAGACCUCUCACAGACACCGUUGUUUCCUGCAAACGCCACUUUACAAAACAGCAACCAGCUGUUGUCAGGACUAAGUAGUUCCGGACGGUGAGUCUUGUCCUCCCUCGCCUGAACCUUUACAGCAACAGAUUCUGAUCUUGUCGUCACAAUAACGCUGCCUCCUUGUCCUCUAGGCAGUCCUGUGCAGAUCUUGUCCCACCAGCUCAAGUUCUUGUCCCAUACAUCGUCCAUCACAAUCAAAUACCGUUUCCCCAUAAGAUACUGCUGGAUCUUCCUCAGCAAUGUUCCGAGAUCAUCUCCAACGCUUGCGUCACCUAAGUUUCUCAAGAUGCUUCUCAUGAUCUGUUCUUCAGUAAAGGUUUGAGACACAGAGACCCAUAUCCUUCUUUCGAAACAGUUCUCUAUCUCUUUGUCGUUGAACACUUCUUGAGCUAUAGUGGUUUUACCUAACCCUCCCAUUCCUACAAAGGCCAUCAUCAGCAACUCGCUCUCGUUUGACUUGAAGAGCCACUCUUUGAUCUUUCUUUUGUCUCCUUCGAGACCAACCACUUGGGUAUGGUCAUACACAGGAGAGCUCCAACGAUCGGUGCCAUUGUCUCUACCGACAUUACUUGGCGUCCUGAACUUGAAGUAAGGCUCGACUUUAGUCUUUAUGGAUGAUAUCUUCUCGUUGAUCUCUUUGAGACGUUUGCUUUUCUUGUACUGGAGGGAGACACGAGCAGGGUAGAGCCGUGAAAGCCACGCGUUUGAUGAAGGUCUUUGCUCGUUGUUGUCCUCUUCAGCUUCAUUACCAUCCUCGAGCUGACAGUCAACAAGUAUGUCCUCAGCUUCGUAGACCAACUCUCGCAAGUCUGAGAUGAGUUUGCGCAACACCUCGUGCGUCCUCUUCUUCCUCUCUGCGUCUUUGAGAAAAGACUGCAUAUACUGCAACUCAUCUUGCAGAUCUUUCAACUGUUUGUUGUAUUCCGACACAACUCGGCCUUUUUCUUCGAGGAUUUUCAGGGCUUUUUCAAGACACACUGUCACCACAGCGUCCACCAUUUCUCUGCAGCUGAAAGAAGCAAUAAUCUCAAUCAAACGGCUAUAGAAUCACCAAGUCAAGAUAAGACUAAUCGGUGUGUUCUCAAGAAACAUGUUAGAAUCCUAGAAAAUAGAGAUGAAUCUUAACCAAUCUUUUUGGUAACAGAACACUUACAAGGGAGUUAGUGAGCAGACAAGGAUCUGAAGCUGAAGCUUGUGUGGUCUUUGGAUCUUUGCUUUGUUCGACUUUUCAACUUGGUUUCAAGAAACUUUAUCGAAAUGGAAGUCAAUGGUUUUACAUUUGUAAGUCAAGAGUCAACUAUACUCAUUUUCUUGGUUACUUGCUACCGACUACGAACUUUGUUUCUUUAGCAUUAUCAUUGAACUGGAAUGGGCCCGUUUAGAUAGAAAUUGUUGAUAAAUUCAACAUUUC